GUUAGGGUCGAUUCCUCCCUUUCGGACGAAUGCGGGCGCGGCACUUCGGAUGGACCCUUCGGCUCGUCACGGCGAUAACUUAUUAAAGGAUAUAUUACAACUAAAGCAGUAUAAGAACCAUAAUUAG